AUCGAGGUUGGGUGGCCAGCGUGGGUAUGUGACGUGUCUUGUUUGCUGUGUCUUUUGUGUCUGUUUAGUGUCCUGAACGAGGGAACAUUAAAGACAUUUCUCUCUCUGUUUCUCUGUCAUUUAAGAGCCGGCAGUGCUCCUCCCUUUAACACCUCACGUGAGAACAUUUAACGGUCGUCUUUGAGGAUGUGCUGCCACGACUCUUCAACCCCCCUCCGGUGGCAGCUGUUUAAGCCCCCUUCCUUUUACCUGCUCGCACACAGACAUUAAGGGGAGUUCCAACACCUUUCAAGUCUCUGUCAUCACCGGCCCAACCUGCAUACCUGUCUGCAAUCCAGAAACAACACGCACACACACACUUUCCCACACAGCAGCGGCCAACAUCACGCAAGCCAUUCUCGCCUAUUUACUGUCUUGCGUGUCAAGCAGCAGUUCUGCUACCUCAUCUAAACGAUCUCGCACAAAAGGGUUUUUGAGCAUUUCUAUGCAACAUGUGCGCCCAACUGAAACUGUGUUCACAUAAAGGCUGCCAUUUCUCUCUUUUAUUCGUCCUCACUUUCAUCUAUCUCCUUUUUCGCGCCCCUCCUUUUCACUCUCUGUCUCUCUUUUUUCUCUUUUUGGCCCAAGUGACCAAGGUGUGAUGGAUAGACAGGCUCGUCGGUGCGUGGAAAGGACACGCAUGCGGUGCUGUGCACAAUGGAGCACGCUCAGACGGGGUCAGGGUCGGCUGCUGGGCGGGGUCGGGGCGGAGCGCGGAGACGGCAAACAACCAUCCCUGGAGGUGUAGAGAUAAGAGACGCGGGACGGGAAAAAGAAUCUAAAUUGAUUUCUAAUGAAAGACGCACAGAAGCAGGUGAUCUUUAUAGAGGGUGGAGGCCUCCUCUCUCUGUACAGUCUGGGUCACGAGCCUUUGUGACCCACAGCACCGGAACCACACGCACCACCUUUCACUACACCCGCCCCGACUCCACGCCGAGGGGCAUCCGAUACGCUUCUGUCGCCUCCACAAAAGCCCACCAAGACCAUGCCUUUCCAAGCAAGACAAAUCUCCGGCAAACAGGCCCCGAAGAAAGAGAACGCCGGGAGUCUCGGGGGUCACACCACACCUUCAAAUCCACCUCCCCAAAAAAAGCAAGUGCCAGUAACUCAAAAAAGAACAAAAAGGAUGAAGUUGAGGGUGGUCGAGCUGCUCGGCUAGAUAUAAUCUCCACGGCAUGCGCGUACAGAACCCGUCCAGACCUUGACCUCUUCACCUCAGGGAACCUCCAGGAGAAGAGCCAGGGAUCUCAGAUGUGCCAUAACUCCAGAAAAGAGGCCCUCUCUUCUGUAAACACCUUAAAUACACUCAUCUUCCCUAAGACAAACAUAUGUGGUGGAGCUCUGCGCACGGCAAGCACCCACAUCGGCAGGCAAAUGGACUUUUUAUGGGGCCGCUUCGUUUUAAAAGCACUCAAAUAACUAAGUGGAAAGAGGAUGGGAUCGGGGUGUGGUAUGACAAAGCGUGGGACUCGCAAGGGGAUGGGGGAACGCAUUCCAGUUUGAUGGUGUGUUUUGGCAGGAUGUGGUGACAUUCUGCAGUGCGUUCUCUGAGAGGGCGGCCUGCUCAGGUUUUAUGCCCACCUGAACGUUGCAGGGGGGCCACAGUUUGCUGGAACUCACAUAGUUGGAAACACUCCAAUAAUCAUUCCACCAUAUAGCUGUUCUAUAAAACAGCAAGAAGCCAUUCAACGAGAAAAUGUGCAGUGUCAAAGCGUUCCUGACUAAACAUAUUUGCCACACAUCACCUUAUAAAAAAAAAAAAAAAGCACACACACAAAAACUAUUCAUUCUGGCAUCGACUACUCCAUUAAAUGACUAAAAGGGAGACUGGAUGGGAAUCUGAGCUACAUGCUAGAGCGAAUGAGAAACAUGGGACGUUUUAGUGGUCCCAUCAUCCCCGGUGGUGCUUUGACCUCCUGACCCCCAGCACACUAUAAGGACGCUAGCCUAGCACAUGCUCCAUUUGGUCACUUUCAUUAAAUUAGCUCUCUCCCUAGUCUGUAAUCUAAAAUAGAUGGCAUACAGACCACUGUUACUUUUAUAUAAAGCUAAAGUCUCAACGACU